CGCCUCUCCAUCUAGUUAGCUCGGGCCUCCAUUGCACGGUUGCUCCUGCUCGCUAUUCUUAGCCCAGAGAGCGCGCCACCACAACACGUCCCGGCCGCGCGCGGCGUGCAACACACGGCUGCCCCGGCCCGCGCACCCGGCCGUACGUGCCGUGCCGUGCCGGCCAGCAGCCAUGGACAUCGACCUCGACCGGGCGCGUGCGCUGCGCGUCGUCGGGCGCGGCGCCAUGGGCACCGUGUUCCUCGUCGCGGAGGAUGGGCCCUCGGCCUUGCGCCCCAGCCGGUACGCCCUCAAGGUCUUCGACAAGCGCUCCGGCAGCAGCAAGCCCGACGCCGACCGCCGCGCGCGGUGGGAGAUCAACGUGCUGUCCCGCCUCGCGCACCCGCACCUCCCCUCCCUCCUCGGCUUCACCGAGACGGACGACCUCCUCGCCUGGGCCGUCCCGUACUGCUCCGGCGGCGACCUCAACGAGCUCCGCUACUCGCUCCCCGACCGCGUCUUCUCCCCCGCCGCCAUCCGCUUCUACAUUGCCGAGAUCGUCUCCGCGGUCGCCGAGCUCCACGCCGCCGGCGUCGUGUACCGCGACCUCAAGCCCGAGAACGUGCUCCUCCGCGCCGACGGACACGUCACGCUCACCGACUUCGACCUGUCCCGCCUCCUCCAACCCAGCAGGUCCGCGGACUCGUCGUCGUCGCCGCCGCCAGCGUCGUCCCGCGGCCACCACCACAACCACCGCCGGUCGCGCGUCCCCGCGCGGAGCGACUCGAUGCUCGGCCAGGCCAAGUCGUACUCCAAGCCCCCUCAUCAGCCGUGGUCCGCGACGGCGUCGCCGCGGCAGCAGCUGCAGAGCCUGGUCCGGUACAUCAUGGGGAGCGGCGGCGAUGGAGCCGGGGUGGGAAGGAAGAGCAAGUCGGCGCGGGUGUCGCCCGUGAGCCGGAAGCCCGCGAGCUUCGGUGGCUGCGGCUCCGGCGCGUCCACCACCGCCGCCGGGUGGGGCAAGUCCUACUCCUUCGUGGGCACGGAGGAGUACGUGGCGCCGGAGAUGGUGCGCGGCGAGGGCCACGGCUUCGCCGUCGACUGGUGGGCCGUCGGCGUGCUGGUCUACGAGAUGGCGUUCGGCAAAACGCCGUUCAAGGGCCAGAACCGCAAGGAGACGUUCCGGAACGUGGUGCAGAGGGAGGUCGAGUUCCCGGGGGACAGCCUGCGACGGACGCCGGAGCUCGCGGACCUCAUCUCGGGCCUGCUGGAGCGGGACCCGAGGAGGAGGCUCGGGUACGCCGGCGGCGCUGACGAGAUCCGUGCGCACCCGUUCUUCGCCGGCGUGGCGUGGGACAUGCUCACGGAGGUGUCCCGGCCGCCCUACAUCCCGCCGCCAGCCGACGAGGACCUCGCGGAAGGCGAGGGGUUCGACGUGAGGGGCCAUUUCAAGGACCUUCACCAGCCACCGCCGACGAAGUCCGCGUCGGAGUCGUCCUCCUCGUCGGAGUUCUCGACGGAGUUCUAGGCGGUCGGAUCGGACUAGCUCCUUUUGCGCUUUGGUCCUUAGUAGAUUACUGUAUUGUAACCGAAGGAUCGAGGAUGCCUGUACAUACAUGGAGGCGGGGAUGGUGCUGUAAAUUCGAGGUAGAGUUGGUGGGGUUGUGCAAACAUUUUGGGAAGGGCAACAAUGGCUGGCUGGCUGGCGCACGUGUAUCGUGUAGGCUCGCGCGCUGCGCUCGAUCGAGGAUUUUUCUUCGUGUGAUUGUUUCGCUUGGCUUGCAAGCGAUGAUGACCUGAUUACCGAAGGAAAAAAAAAAAGGAUAACGUGACUUGGGGCAAUUUUA